AUGAAAACAUAUCGAAACCCCAAAGUUUCCUAUUUGGUACCAACCCAAUCGUCAAAGUAUUGUAAGAUUGCACAUUUGAUCUCACAAAUUUUAGAUGCAGUAGACGGUCAGGCUGCUAGAUCUUUGCAGCAAACUAGUAGGUUCGUUGCUGUACUGGAUAUGCUCAUUGAUCGUAUGACGGAGAGUAGGCUUUCCUUAUGGGAUGAGAAGAUGGGUUUAUGUCCCAUCUUCUAUGCACUUGUUGAUAGAGAAUACGUGUGA